CAUCGCGUUUGUAAAAGUCACGAUGUUAGAAAGUGAAAACUGCUCGCAAGAAGAAGACUGUUUGAGCUUGUGUUCGUCCUGCAAAUCUGAAUUGCGAUCCAUUUUCAGCAUCGGGGUGCCGUCCUUCAUUAUAUCCACUUGCGGUACAAGCACUUCGCAAAAUCAUUCGCAGGAAAUUGCAAACGAUGAAACUAUGCAAUUAGAUUCUGUGUUGAAGACGCACAGUUCGAAUAAAUCGUUAGUUUAUCUUUCUUCGAAAGAACUGAUGAAAAACUUGGCUAAAAAUGCAAACAAUUCAUUGCUUCAAUCUCCGUUACACGUUGAUGAUUCUAACUGUGUAAUAGAAAAUCAGGCGAAAAUUGAAGAAAGAAAUACAUCGAUAAAUGUGACACUGUCAUACGAGGCGCAAAAAGUGGACAAUGUCACGUACAAGCGAGUAUACGGUUGCAUAAACUUGAAAGAUCGCACAACGAUUAUUGACGAUUCUCGAAAUGUGCGCGAAAAGCCGAUAUUAACGAAUCCAUUCAAAUCUUGCCGUCUUAAUAACAUGCAGGAAACAAAAUCACCCUUAGAAUUAAAACAACCUGCAUUUAAUACACACAGUUUGAAAGGAUCAAAGGAAACUUGUAAUACACUUUCUAAAACUAAUGCAAAAGUUCAAGCAAUGACUGCUUCAAAUGCACUUGACUCGCGAAAUUCUAUUAAUCAUAAAACAACAGAAACUGAUCUUAAAACUCGUCGAAGAAACGUAUAUAAGUUAGCCGAUCGAGUGUCAAACCUCAGUGCAUACAUUCGGAACGUACAUAAAAUUUUGUUAAAAAAAAAUCUGAAAGAUAGAAAGAAAAUGAAUGAAGAUAUUAUAAAAGAAGCUUCUAGAAAUAAAAUCAAUGCUAUUAAAUUUAAUAAUAGAAGCAAUAAUCUACAAGAUUUGCCUAUGUAUACUUAUAAUCCAUUACGGGCAAAACGAGUGAGACUUGAAAAAUAAUAACCUCAUUUUCAAGAUUCUGAUUAUAAAUAUGUUUAAUCCCAACAAUUUUUUCUUUUCUAUAAAAUGUAGUUUCUAAAAAAAAACAAUAUUUACCUAAUAUGUAGAUUUAU